AUGAUUGCGUGGUUAAUAAUUUGCUAUAAAAGCGCAGUGGCACCUUCCAUAAGAUACAGUGCAUUAUCUGGGAUAAGUGAGAAACCUGAGAAGACCAUUAUGAAGACCAUCGUAAUUUUGAUUGUGCUGAUUGUCGCUACGGGUGUGGUUUACGCCAACAACAAAUAUGCACUAAGAUGGAGACAAAAUUAUGAGGAAUGUGCGCAAAUGUUUGGUGUGGAGGUUGACGUCCGAAUCGAUCUGAUCCUAUGCGCGUUGAUCAAGGAUGGUGAAGUAAGCAUAUUUCAGUUACUCAAGAAUUCCGAUUCAGAUUUUGAAUUUAAUUUAACUUCAAUACCAUCAGUGAAAGCAAAUUAUUCGUCAA